UUCGGCUGCUAUUGCAGUUUCUGACGUUUCAUUGACUAUUUUCGCCAUUUUUUAGAAAAAGAAAGCUGCUUACAUUCAUUUUGGAUAUUUUAUUGGAGGCGCUGGAAAGGAAAAACAAUGGGAAACUGCUAUACGGUCGGACCAAACGAAGCCUUGGUGGUUUCAGGUGGAUGCUGUGGUUCUGACAAAAAGACAUACACAGUGGGAGGAUGGGCCUGGACGUGGUGGCUUCUCACUGACAUUCAAAAGAUAACCCUAGAGAUUAUGACCCUGCAGCCCAAGUGUGAGGAUGUUGAGACAGCGGAGGGGGUAGCGCUAACAGUCACAGGGGUGGCACAGGUGAAGGUAAUGACAGACCAUGAGCUGCUGUCUCUGGCCUGCGAGCAGUUCCUGGGUAAAUCAGUGACAGAAAUCAAAGGUGUCAUCCUGCAGACGCUGGAGGGUCAUCUGCGCUCCAUUCUGGGCACUCUGACAGUGGAGCAGAUUUACCAGGACAGAGAUCAGUUUGCCAGCCUGGUGAGGGAGGUUGCUGCUCCUGACGUUGGCAGGAUGGGUAUCGAGAUUCUCAGUUUUACGAUAAAGGACGUCUAUGAUAAAGUGGAAUACCUGAGCUCGUUGGGAAAGACCCAGACGGCAGCCGUGCAGAGAGACGCCGACAUCGGAGUAGCCGAGGCAGAACGAGAUGCAGGAAUAAGGGAAGCAGAAUGCAAGAAGGAAAUGAUGGACGUUAAAUUCCUGGCAGACACAAAGAUGGCUGACUCGAAGCGAGAACUGGAGAUGCAGAAAGCCGCUUUUAACCAGGAGGUCAAUACGAAGAAAGCGGAGGCUCAGCUGGCGUACGAGCUGCAGGCGGCUAAAGAGCAGCAGAAGAUUCGUUUAGAGGAGAUUGAGAUCGAGGUGGUACAGAGGAAGAAACAGAUCACCAUCGAGGAGAAAGAAAUCGUCCGCACUGACAAAGAGCUGAUCGCCACAGUGAAGCGGCCUGCCGAGGCUGAGGCCUACAAGAUGCAGCAGCUGGCAGAAGGACAGAAGGUAAAGACGGUUCUAAUAGCGCAGGCUGAAGCUGAGAAGAUCAGGAGGAUCGGUGAGGCUGAAGCCGCCUCUAUUGAAGCAGUGGGUAAAGCUGAAGCAGAGAAGAUGAGGGUGAAAGCUGAAGCCUACCAGCAGUAUGGAGAAGCCGCAAAGAUCGCUUUGGUCUUGGAGGCCCUGCCUAAGAUUGCUGGAAAGGUGGCAGCACCUUUGGCCAGGACCAGUGAGAUAGUCAUUCUGAGCGGUGACAACAGCCGGGUGACCGGUGAAGUGAAUCGUCUGUUGGCGGAGCUGCCGGUCUCUGUUAAUGCCCUCACAGGAAUCGACCUGACAAAGAUACCUUUGCUGCAGAAAAUGGCCAGUUCUCAUGCAUGAAAAGCCCUCACCAGUUUGGCCUUUUGACACCGGUUUAAUGCAGUCUUCAAUGCCUUAAUUAGAAAUAGUUACUCAGAAUGUUUGGCUUUGACUUAAAGAUUAGUUUUUUCCCCCUUCAUCAUUUAUGCCAGCUUGCUGUUGGACCAGACAUUGUGCUCAUUUUUAAAUCAGUACUGGGUGAGUGUGACCAUCUAGGGUGUUUUUUUAUUGCAAAGCUGACAUGUUUCAUUAGUUAUGAGUUAAUAACACUGAUGACUAAAAAUUAGUUUUAUUUUGAUGCCUUUUUACAGUUUACAUCUAAAUGGUAUAUAUACACGUAUAUAAAUGUAUACAGUACAAUGUUAAAAUUUUUCCACAUAUCCCAGCUCAUUUGUAAGUUGGGGUCAGAACGCUGUAUGGCGCCCCUAGAGCCGAGAGGGUUAAGGGCGAUGCUUAAGGCAGAGUUGGGAUUAAAACCCACGACCUUUCGAUUGAUAGACCAAAGCUCUAACCACUAGGCUACCACUGCCCCAUUUGAGUAAGGGAUUCAGCUCGACUGUUCUGCUUCUCUAGUGCUGCAUGACGAGUCAACAACAAACACUUAAAGACACCUGCAUUCAUAUCCGCUCGCCUUAGGAUUCACUGCGUCGUUUUAUUUUGCUCUAGGUUGGUUUUAAGUGGUUUUGAUCAUUGUGUAAAAUAUCAAGUUUAAAAAUGCAACGUAACCUGUAAAAUUUGUGUUUAGUUUGGCAAGGGUAUAGAUAUGCAGCUUGGUAACACAUUUACGUGUGUAUAAUAGUCUGUUAGGACAACUGUCGGCUGGCUAAAGUAGCCAAAUUACCUCUAAACUACAUAUAUCUAUGAAUCUUAAAGUUUAACAUUUUAUUUUUAGAGUUUGUAUUGUAUUGUAGACCUGUAUUAAUGCUCGUGUGCUCACUAGAGUAUAUUUCUACUUUAACGUUUUGUUGUAAAUAUCAGGUUUGUUUGUAUUUCUGAUUAAAAUCAGGAGGUUCUUUUACAAA